CAAAGCACAUUAAGAGGCCAGGGGAACCCAUUAAUAAAAGAGAGAGGGCGGACGGGGGGGGGAAGCAGAGGCUAGCCCGUGUGCGCGAGAGGGAGACAAGCCGCGAGAGGACGGCAACACUAUGGCCAUGCCGUAUGCCUCUCUUUCCCCGGCAGGCGUCGACGUCCACCGCUCCUCCCCCGCCGCCACCGCCUCCCUCCUCCCCUUCUGCCGCUCCUCCCCGUUCUCCGCGGGUAAUGGAGGCGGUGGGCUUGGGGAUGAGGCGCAGCAGAUGAACGGGAGGUGGGCGAUGGGGAGGGGGCCGUUGCCGUUCACGUCGGCGCAGUACGAGGAGCUGCAGCACCAGGCGCUGAUAUACAAGUACCUGGUGGCCGGCGUGCCCGUGCCGCCGGAUCUCGUGCUCCCCAUCCGCCGCGGCAUCGACUCCCUCGCCGCCCGCUUCUACCACAACCCCAUCUCCAUUGGGUACGGGACGUACUUGGGCAAGAAGGUGGAUCCAGAGCCGGGACGGUGCCGGCGUACUGACGGCAAGAAGUGGCGGUGCGCCAAGGAGGCCGCCCCGGACUCCAAGUAUUGCGAGCGCCACAUGCACCGCGGCCGCAACCGUUCAAGAAAGCCUGUGGAAACGCAGCUCGCCCCCCAGUCCCAACUGCCCGCUGCUUCAUCUGCCUCCGCCGUGCCGCCCCUCGCCGUUGCCACCAAUGGCAAUGGCUUCCAGAACCACUCCCUCUACCCCGCCAUUGCCGGCAGCAAUGGUGGAGGCCAGGGGAGCAACAUGUCCAGCUCAUUCUCCUCAGCUUUGGUGUCUUCUUCUCAGCUGCACAUGGGGAAUGCUUCUCCUUACGCAGCUCUUGGUGCUGGUGGUGGAGCAUGCAAAGAUCUCAGGUAUUCUGCUUAUGGAAUAAGAUCUUUGGCGGACGAGCAUAGCCAGCUCAUUGCAGAAGCAAUCAAUACGUCCAUGGAAAGCCCAUGGUGUGUGCCACCAUCGCAAAACAGUUCAUUCACGCUUUCAAGCUACCCUCAUCUUGGAGCACUGAGUGACCUGGGUCGGAACAAUGUCAACUCACUUCCGAAGGUUGAACGACAGCCGCUUUCGUUCGCCGGGUGCGACUUUGGGGACGCCAACUCCGUGAAGCAGGAGAACCAGCUGCGGCCCUUCUUCGACGAGUGGCCAAAGGCAAGGGACUCCUGGUCCGAUCCUGCUGAGAACUUCUCGGCCACCCAACUGUCGAUUUCGAUACCGAUGACGUCCUCUGAUUUCUCUGUCGCCAGCUCCCAGUCGCCCAAUGGUGACUGAAUGCUGUAUGCAGUACGGAUAACGAUGCUGCCUGCCUGUGGGAACGAGUACUGGAUUGGUUGUUGGUGUGUUAUUUGUUCAUCUGGUCCUCGCGCCCACCUUACGUGUGUGCGGGUAGCAGCAAAAACACCUUAUAUGGUUCCUGUAAUUUACUUGUCUUUGCCGUGUCAGAUUUGCAUCCACCUUGGCACGACAUUGUUUUCCCUUAAAUCAGUCCUAAGUUCUUCAAGUCACA